UGACGUCACUUGUGGCACAAUGAGGACGUUGGGACGCAGGUUGUGAAAUAAAGCGCGUUUUACGAAUGUCCAAUGCAAUGAAUGAACCGAAGUCGACAAGAGCUGAGCAGGAAUUGUACUUUCUAAUCGCCAAAUUUCUGAAAAAUGGACCAUGUCGUCAAGCGGCUCGGGCUCUUGCAGAAGAACUCGCUUCUCACAAGAUUUUGGAGAAACGCGUUCAUUGGACGGGGAGAGAAGACGAUCAGAGUUUUGACGAAUUGGCGGAGCGUUUCCCACACAUUGGGGAUAAUCAUCUGCUGCAAGUUCUUGAGCAUGUUGGACCAUUGCUGGAUCGUCAUGCACCUCCCAGUGUGUCUGGCAUCAAGACUUUUCUAGGAUCUGGUCGCCAGUCUCUUUUGAGAAAAGAGAAUGAUAUCGUGACUAAAGUAGUCAGGACUUCUCUGGAAUUUGCUACUUCAAGAAACGUGAACAUUAGAAUCAAUUCGUCUUUGUCUCGAAGUACUAACAUCGCCCACGUUGUUGGUGGCCGAAGUCUGUGUGGCUUCACAAACCGACGUAACAUGGUUCAUGAUGCUUUCUAUGACAAGCUGAAAUUGCAUCGAAGAGUGCUAGGCCAUCUGGCUCCAGUCUACUGUCUGCUUCUGGAUAGAACGGGGAGUCGAAUAUUUACAGGAGCCGACGAUAACUUGGUGAAGAUCUGGUCGCUCACUGAUGGUCACCUGUUGAUGACAUUGCGAGGUCACCAGUCUGAGAUUGCCGACAUUUCAUUGAAUUGUGAGAACACGAUGCUGGCAACUGGAGGUCUUGACAAGACCAUUCGUGUUUGGGACGUGAAGACAGGAGCUCCGAUUGCCGUCCUGCAUGGUCAUUCUGGAGGUAUCACGUCUGUUGAAUUUUCACCGUCGCCGUUUACAGAAUCGAGGUGUUUGAUAUCAACCGGGAAGGAUGGCUCUUUGUGUAUAUGGCAGUGGGACUCUGAAUCGAAUGAAUUUGGGUCGGAGCCCAUCAAGUUUAAUGAGAGACAAAGAGUGGGUGACCAACUUCUUUGUACGGCAUUCAGUCCAGGUGGAUCUUUUCUGGUAACCGGAGGCACUGAUCACACAGUGAGGGUUUACAGAGUCAAUCCAGCUCCGUCACAACAAAUAGCAGAGCUACAUGGACACACAGAUCAAGUGCUAAGUAUUGCAUUCAGUCAGAGAGGAAAUCGGUUUCUGACCGGCUCUGAUGACGGAACGGCUCGAGUUUGGCAAUAUCUGACUGGACAGUGGAGAAGCAACGUGCUCAGCAUGCUGUGCAGAAAAGAUCAUGAUUACUUGUUGGCAGCUCGUGUUGGCAAGCUGAAAGUGACGAUGAUAUCAUGGAGUUGUAAUGAUCGUUUUAUCAUCACUGCAGCCAAUGACACAGCCGUUCGCAUAUGGGACAGCAACAGUUUGAGUCUAAUCCACAUGCUCAAAGAUCAUCAGAAAGAUGUUUAUGUUCUGGAACCUCAUUCAGUGGACGAGUGGGUGUUAUUGACUGCCGGUCAUGAUGGUCGUAUCAUACUAUGGAACAUAGAGACGGGCGUGAAACUGAAAGAAUUUGAGAAUAAGUAUGAUUCCGAUGUCGGCGUCAGUGGUGGAGCUGCUCUGUUGGAGGGAAAGUCAAGCGCCGACGGAUUAACGUACGUUCUUACCGAUUGCCAGGGAUCGUUGAGUAUAUAUGGCUUUGGGUCAAGUCAGGAAUACAUGAAGGUGCCAGAUCAUCAGUUCUUUCAUACCGACUACCGUCCGCUGAUAAGAGAUGCGAAUGGAUAUGUGCUUGACGAACAGACACAACUGGCUCCUCACCUUAUGCCUCCUCCAUACGUGGUCAAUGCCGAUGGAAAUCCGUAUCCUCCAGAGUACCAGCAAAUAGUGUGUGCUUGUAAGCCGAGGCACCGAGACGAGCAUUCUGCUAAUGAUUCUCGAGAUACGGUCAGUACUAGGGAAUACGAAGAGGGCACGAGUCGAUUGGAUGCUGCUAUUGCACGUCUACAGAGACAGAAAGACAUAACAAUAGCUAGUGGUAUGACAGACUCGUCCGACUCAGGGGUAGGAUCAAGUCAGGUGGAGGAAUCGGAAUCGUUCCCUUCACACCCAUCUCAAACUUCAGAUCUCUCUGAGAUCAGGCAACGACUGCAUCAGUCAUCGUCCGUCAACUUCGUUCACGAACUCCCUCAGAUGCAAUUGCAGAUGAGCAGUUUUGUGUCACCAGGUUGCCAUGUGCAACGGCAUCCAUAUGUGCCUCAGUUAUUUGGUGAUAACGUGUAUCCUACAGCUGCAGUACAGUACGGAUCGGGAGGUGGUUUAUGGCCGCAGUAUGGUAACCCGUCUACAAGCUGGCCGUUUGUGCCAGAAAGUCUGCAGACAUUAGAUCAUCAAGGAGUAGCCGGUAAUAAUAACUUAUUGAUGGGACGAUCGAUGAUUUCGUUUAGUGAAGCUGCUGGACUUCACCGGCAGGAUAUUUAUCAUCCAGAGUCGUCUUAUUUGGCAAGUAAUACUGAAGGAGUCUUAGGACAAAGUAGUGGAACAAACGUGUGUGGUCGACUUCCCCAACCUUUGUUGUGUUCUCCCACCCUAGGAGGUUCUCAACCUCCACCAUCUGUUAGUAGAUUAUGUCCAAUGAGUCAAUGGCCAGAACAAGCAGCUGGCCGUGAAGCUGGCGUGAAUCAUACUACCAAUUCUGUUGUCCCAGAUGUGGGGCCGAGUGGGUUGACAACGAUGCCACAACAAAGACAAUGGAAUACGUGUAUCUCGUCUGAUGGAGCUGAUGUCAGACACUUUGACAUGACUAGUCAAAAUGAGGUCGUCGGUGAAGAUGCCGGAAUCUCUGAAACGCCUAGAGAAAACGUCGACGUCGGAAACUCGGACGACCCGGUCGUCAUUCGUGCUAACAACGAGCCGAUCUCUGGUAGUGUGGCCAGUUUCUUGGGACUCGAUUAUAAGGAGGCUCUUAUGUGGUGGAGAUCUCGAGUUAUAGUACCGGAUCUACCACCUGCUGUGGCUAUGCUUCAAGAAAUGCGGCGCAAGUUUCUUGCCGAGGAAGAACUAAGACAGUUUGCAGAAGAGUCGAGUAAGUCGCCACCUCUUGCAGAUGGCGACGGACCUUCAGAGCCCGUGGCGAUUCCAGACUCUCCUCGGACGCAACGAAGGAGGAAGAGGAAUGUGUUACAGCAGCAGCUUGCCGAGGCUGCGGCUAAUGCUCGAGGUUCAAGUACUCGACGAACUCGUGUCGUGUCUAUGCGAAGCGACGAAGAGUUGGCCGUUGUCAGCAGCAGUAGCAGCGCCGAAGAAUUUGAAGAAGAGUGGCAUGUGAGCAGUGAUUCAAGUGAGUACUCAGACUGGAUGGGAGACGUAGGCAUCAGUAUUCAUGCAAGAGCACAUGCUCCCAGAACUCAGAGAUCAUCUCGACGUCGAAGACGUGUCGUACAUUCCGUAGCAAGCGACGAAGACGAUCCAGAGGGUCAGAACGAGCCAGCAGAGUCAGACCAGGAAGAACCGCCACUCGAUGAAACAGGGACAUCUGCAUCGGCUGAAACAAGCAGACAGGGAAAUUCAAGUAGCAGAUCGAGGAAGAAACGUAGUGGUGUCAAGGAAUCGUCUGAUGAUUCAACAUGGCCGCCAGUCGGCAUAGACUUGUCUGCAUACAUGCCAUCGCAGUGGCUCCUGCAGACAGAACCGACACUGAAUCCAUUAUUUCCUCAACUCGGAGACAAGGUGAUUUACUGUUGGCAAGGCCACGAACAGUACAUCAAUGCAGUCAUACUAAAUGAUGUUUAUAAAAUUAAGACGAGGCAUUUUCCAUGGCAGAGACUUCGACUGCGACCUCACGAAGUGUGUAUGGUGCUGAGCAUGCAUUUUGUGGUUGGUCCCCCAACUCUCUGCUCGAUGAAGCUUGGUAUUCUAUCAAGGAGUCAGAUCGGUACUUCGGUUCACCAUACGUUUAGUUUAAGAUAUCAUGACAUGGCUGACGUUCCUGACUUUCUUAUUCCAUAUGAUCAUUUCAAGACGGCCGUCUUAAGAAGAUGGACUCCAGGUGAUCGAUUUCGAUGCAAGAUCGACGAUGCUUGGUGGACGGGCUCGUUAGUGUCACGUGAACCGUGGCAAGCGAUCGUUCCCGACAGCUUGUGGCAGUGUUUUCUAGUCCAGUGGGAUACCGGCGAAGAACAAGAAAAGCUCAGUCCGUGGGAUCUCGACGUCGUCGAUUCUGGAGUAAAGAGUCGGCCGAGAAGUUCUCUAUCUGAGGACCUCGCGUUGGCUCUUCAGUUUGCCAUUGCUCCCGGCGUGCAGACACGAAGUCAAGCAGCAACCGCAAACUCAUCCGUCUUUGUCGAGGAGCAGCAACAGCAUGCGGAUCUACUUGAAAUUCUAAGCAUAGACAGUGGGAGUGACGAUGCUUGGGGCGAAGAGGGCGAGGCAGUCGCGAGAGAUCGAAUACUACGAGGUCUGGAUGUUAUCCGGUCGCUCCCGAUUUCGGAACCAUUCCAGCAAACUGUUGAUAGUGAGGAAUACCCUGAUUACUAUUUGACGAUUCCGUAUCCGGUCGAUCUAGGAACGAUCCGACUGAGACUCAGCAAUGGAUACUACAGACGCUUGAACUCGUUUCUGUGGGACGUGAAGACGAUUUAUAGAAAUGCCGUUACGUACAACGAAGAAGACAGCCAGAUUGUUGAAUCGGCGGAGAUGCUAACAGAGUUGGUGUGCAAGUUUGCAAGUGAUCGCAACUGUCUUGACCCGUCGGUGUUCUACAACCAUUCAGACGUACAGGGAGUGUUAGACGAAGGCGAGGAAUACAAAGCAGAGACAGCGGAGAGCAGUGAUAGCGCCACCGAAAUUGAAGACGAGGCGGCAACCAAUCACAACGAAAACGCUGCCAGAGAGGAUAGCAACGAGCCUCCCGUCGUCUCAUCGGAGAGCAGAUCAAAGAGUAAUCGGAAACGAAUAUUGAGUGAAGUGAGCUCUGAUGGUUGUUCAACGCAAAGUAAAAGAUCGAAGACAGUCGACGAUCAGGCAUGGGUACCGUUAGGAGUUGAGCUAGUAGACGAGAUGAUUAGUCUGCCGUUCUCACUUCCGUUUAGAUCGCCAGUUGACUUGGAUUUGUAUCCAGACUACACGACUUACAUAAAUCACCCUAUGGAUUUUGAAAGUGUGAAACGAAAACUAGAGGCUGGCACGUAUGGCACUCCAGUAGAAUUUUGUGACGACGUUCGUCUCAUCUUUGCUAAUUCUCGGUUGUACAAUAGAGUGCCCAAGUCUCAGAUUGUUCAUUGGACUAACAAGCUGUCAAUGCACUUUGAAAAUCGGGUUAUUGGUUUUUUGUCUAAUUGUGGUGUUGACCAUACGGAAUUGAGUCACUUGCAACCGAGUCGGACUACUGUGACGAAAGCUAGUCAUACUCCCAGUUAUGACUAUGACGGUGCAGGUGAGUCCAGUACAAGCAAUCUGGAUACAAAUGAGUCAUCGAGUAGCAGUGUUGAAACCGAGGAGGACGAAGAGCGUUUGCCUGCUCACAAUCAAACACAUCAACAACAGACAGUAAAUGAACGAAAGACGUCGAAACGAUUAAAGAAAAAUGCAUCUGUUUCAGAAGAAGAAUCUGAUUAUGGUGCUGCUGGUGAGUAUACUGAUAGUGAUGAUGACUUACCCAAGCGACCACAAAGGAAAUCUAAUCGAGCUAGUCAACGUAAUAGGCAACAGUCUCGCUCAUGGAGGAAGGACUCGAGUGAGGAUCGACUUCCAGUAACAAGGCCAAGGAGGCAAACAGCUGGCAGACGAUUGUCAGUCUCUAAUGAGUGGGACACAUAUAGCAGUAGUAGCAGACCUCAACGGCAGGCAGCCGUUCGAGCUCGUGAAAAUGUUGCUCUGUUGGACUUGAUGGAAGAUGUAUGGGAUGAAAGUAGUUUGAGACACAAUCACAGUCGAGGCAGCCACACACGAAGUCGUCGGUUUGUUAGCUGGGAUGCUAAUGAUCACACACAUGGUGUAGAUGAUCAGCAGAUAUCGGCUUGCAUGACAAGACAUGGACGAAUUGUUAGGCCGAGUACUCGGACUCGAAUGUAUGAUGGAGAUUAGUGUUUUUGAGUGUCGUUUAAUUUACUAGAUUGUUAUGACUCGGUACAAUUGUGGAAUAGAUUUUUAAUUAUACUUGUACAACUUCUUCCACGUUAAUGAGUGGAAGUGCUAAAUUCAAUUAGUUUUUCACUUA